AUGUGGGCUCUGCAGGGCUUCCAGCAUUCUGAUUUCAUGCACAAAUACAUUCCACGACAGGGGUGGGGAAGGGGGCCGGAGGGAAAGGAUGUCACCUUUCUUCGGGUAAAUUCAGCGCGGCCGUCGAGGAUCCGCUGGGUCAACCCAAAGCCCGCCUCAGAAGAGACACAGGAGCAGGCGCAAGCGCCCCCUGCGCCCCGCAAUCCCUGCCCUCCGUGCGGCGGUGGCCGCCAGGGCCGCCAGGGGGCGCCUUGGGCCGCGGGUCGCAUCGGUCCCCGACCCCCUCUCGGUUUCCCCGGCCUUCCGCACCCAGGGGCCAAGCGCAAGACCCACCGAUGGGAGCGAACCUGUCCCCCGCGCCGACGCGAGGUCCACCGAGAAGAGUCCCCCCCACCCCCGGUCUCCGGGGACAGAGUCGCCUUCGAACCCCCUACCCACCUCCAGAAGAAAGCCUCGCGCCGUCUCUCGGCGAAACGUCACCUCCAAGGACGAGACACCCCGCGAACGGACAGCGGUGCCGAGUGGCCCCACGUCUAUCUCCCAACUUCCGACGAGAAGCCCCCUCCCCGGGGCGCCACGGACGCGCGCCCCUGCAGACCUCGGCGUUCAGCCCCGCCGCCCGACCGCCAUCAAGCCCCGGGGCUCAGGCAGCGGCUCCCACCUGCGGCCGCGGGCAGGGGGCCGAGUGCGGCCUGCAGCCCCUCCGGCCGGACCCCCGCGGGGCCCCUCGGCGCGCACUGGCCGCCCACCCGCUCUGCGACCCGCCGAGGCUGGCGGCCGCGCGCGGUGCCUCCCGAAGGAAAACAGGGCUGGGCGCCCUCCGGGUCACCCUCGCCCACCCAUCUCCGGAGGAGACCCCAGCAGCGCGGGGACGGCGGGGCCGGAGCAGCGAGCGCCGGGCCCCCAUGA